AUGGCCGAGUCAGCUUCCCCAAUUGGCAUUGCCAAUCUGCCCAACCAGAGGCACAAGAUUGUCGCCAAGCGCGGUGCUGCCUUCACCAUCAUGGUUGCUGGCGAGUCCGGUCUCGGGAAGACAACCUUCAUCAACACCCUCUUCUCUACCACCAUCAAGAACUACGCCGACCACAAGCGACGACACCACAAGCAGAUGGACAAGACGGUCGAGAUUGAGAUCACCAAGGCCGAGCUCGAGGAGAAGUUCUUCAAGGUCCGCCUGACUGUCAUUGACACCCCCGGCUUCGGCGACUACGUCAACAACCGUGAUUCGUGGCAGCCCAUCAUCGAGUUCCUCGAUGACCAGCACGAGUCGUACAUGUUGCAGGAGCAGCAGCCCCAGCGCAAGGAGAAGAUCGAUCUUCGUGUACACGCCUGCCUGUACUUCAUUCGCCCCACCGGCCACACUCUCAAGCCCCUCGACAUCGAAGUCAUGAAGAAGCUGUGCACACGCGUCAACUUGAUACCCGUCGUUGCCAAGGCCGAUACCUUGAGCCCCCAGGACCUCUUCAAAUUCAAGACCAGGGUUCGCCAGGUCAUUGAUGCCCAGGGCAUCAAGAUCUACACUCCCCCACUCGAGGACGACGACGCUGCCGCCAUGGCCCACGCCCACGGCUUGAUCGACGCCAUGCCCUUCUCCGUUAUUGGCUCCGAGAAGGACGUCCAGACCAACGACGGCCGCACCGUCAAGGGCCGUCAGUACGCCUGGGGCGUCGCCGAGGUCGAGAACGAGGAGCACUGCGACUUCAAAAAGCUUCGCGCUAUUCUUAUUCGAACCCACAUGCUCGACCUCAUCCACACCACCGAGGAGAACCACUACGAGGCAUACCGCGCACAGCAAAUGGAGACACGGAAGUUUGGCGAGGCACGCCCAAGGAAGCUCGACAACCCCAAGUUCAAGGAAGAGGAGGAGGCUCUCCGCAAGCGCUUCACCGAGCAGGUCAAGGUUGAGGAGCAGCGAUUCAGGCAGUGGGAGCAGAAGCUCAUUGCGGAGCGCGACCGCCUCAACAAGGACCUCGAGGCCAGCCACGCCGAGAUCAAGCGUCUCGAGACCGAAGUCGAUUCCAUGCAAGGCAGCGUCAACCGCUCGCACGGCCGUCGUUAA